AUGGUGGAUUCGUCGAUUGGUUCCGAUAAGGAGAAGAAGGGAAGUAAGGAGCCAGUGUAUCGUGGGGUUCGUAUGAGGAGCUGGGGAAAAUGGGUAUCGGAGAUUCGUGAGCCACGGAAGAAAUCGAGAAUCUGGCUCGGGACUUUUCCGACGGCAGAGAUGGCGAUGCGUGCUCACGACGUGGCUGCGAUUAGCAUCAAAGGAGCUUCCGCCAUUCUCAAUUUCCCUGAGCUCGCCGAGUUUUUGCCACGACCAGCUUCGCUUAGCCCUCGUGACGUCAGAGCCGCGGCGACCAAAGCUGCUCUCAUGGACUUCGAUACGACGCCGUCUAAUCACGCAAGGUCUGAGAGCGAGACGACGACGACGACGUCGAGUAAAAGGUCAGAGAGUGAGGCUAGUGAAACGGCGUCGUUCUCUUCGUCUUCGUUCUCUGUGACGAGCAUUGAUGAGGUGAGUAGAGUCUCGGACGGUUUGGACGCGAUAGUCGAGUUGCCGAGUCUAGGCACGAGUUUGGACGAGUCGAACGAGUUCGUGUUUUUUGACUCGUUGGAGUUGAUGCCGUCAUGGUUACGCGGUGGUACGGACGAAGAUUUUACGUAUAACAGCAAUGAUUCUCCGUUGAAUUCAGUUUUCGAAGAAAGCAGCUUUUCUUGGAAACAUUUUCCCUGA